AGAGAGCGCGUGUGAUUUGAUUUGUUUGUGUAUCCUCGUUGUUUUUCUCUCUUGAGUGUUUUAUUGAGAGUAAACAGAGUCUUGUAUCUGUGUAUUUUAGUGUUGAUGAUGAGAUGGAUGUGAUGUGCUGUAAAUCAGUAGGAACUGAUCUGUCUAUGCUGGAUAUUGAUGAUUUUAUCACAGAAAUCUCUCGGCUGAAGAAAGAGGUGGCGUUACUGGAGAUAAAGCUGAGGUUAAGAGGAGAUGAAGGACUGAAUAGAGAGGAUGAGGGUGUGGUUUGUUGUGAAUCUUCAGAGUAUGUGACUGUUUGGAGCUCCAGUGAAUGUCUGGAUUCAGUGUGGAUGAGCAGAGAUCAGAGCCGCACACCACAGUCACUGCUGGAUAAACUCUCUGAAGAGACAUCCAGACACACACAGGACUCAGAUCUCAGUCUGUCUUUUCUCUCUUAUACUGAGUCAAAGCCCACAGACGCUCAGGACACUACAGUUUGUGACAGUAAACAGAGCUUACAGGAGGAUCAAACCUCCACAGAGUCUCUGGAUUCUGUCUGUAACGCUGGAGAACAGCAGCAGAUCCUGCAGACCAAACUCAAGAUGUCUUCAGUUAAACCGAUGGACAGUGGGAACCUAAUGAUGAAGAUAAGUAGAGAAACUACAGCAGAGGAAGAUCACACUGAGGAAGAUGAUGACAAUCAUGAUGACUUUAUUCCUUCAGAUAAGAUCAGUGAUUCGUGUUUGGAUAGAGAAAUAACGUCUUUAUCAUCAAAAGAGAGACAGACGGCACAAACUCUUUCCUGCAUCACCGAUGGAGAGACAUUGAGCUCACAGAGACAUUUAGAUAGAAAUGCAGAACAAAAACUCUUGACCUCCACCAGAUCUGAGAUCAGCUUCACUACCUUACAAAAGUAUAAACGUCAUCAUUCAAAAGUGCACAGAGAGAAGAAGAAGUGUGGGAAGGAUCUUUUAGCAUCAACGUCUCAUAUUAAUGCUCAUGUGAGGUCACACAGUGGUGAAAAGUCUUUUUACUGCACUGAAUGUGGCAAAUAUUUUAGCACCAAACAAAGUCUUGAUAUUCAUCAGAGAAUUCACACUGGAGAAAAACCUUACUUCUGCUCUCACUGUGAAAAGAGAUUCUCUCAUCCAAGUAGUUUUAAAGCUCAUGAGAGAAUUCACACUGGAGAAAAACCUUACAUCUGCUCUCAAUGUGGAAAGAGCUUCACUAAUCUAAGUCAUGUUAAAGCUCAUCAGAGAAUUCAUACAGGAGAGAAACCUUAUGUCUGCUCUCACUGUGGUAAGAGAUUCACUGAAUCAUCUCAAUUAACUGUUCAUCGGAGAGUUCACACUGGAGAGAAACCUUAUCACUGUAAUGUUUGUGGGAGGAGUUUUAAUAAUCGUCCAAAUUUAGUGAGACACCUGAGAACUCAUACAGGUGAAAAACCGUUACAAAUGUUCUCAGUGUGAGAAGACGUUUACUAAGCCAGAUUCCUUAAAAGCCCAUUUGAGAGUUCAUACGUGAGAGAAACCUUACAGGCCCUAUCAUACACUCAGAGCAAUGGGCAACGCAAGUGCUCUUCACUAGUUUCAACCCAUCGCAAUGAUCAAUUUCACAUUUAGUGCCGCGUUGUUUAAAAAGCAAAUGCAUUUGUGCCCAAUUUUGCACCCAUGGGCGUUCUGGUCUGAAAAUGAGCCAUGUGAACUUCAGGCACAUUCUUGGUGCGUUGCUAUUUUGAGGCAACUAAAAUAGACUACGCCAUUGACCAACUAAAACCUGGUUUAAAGUCAAUGGCGCAAUAUUGUUUUUGUUACCCUGCAAGUAAGCCUACGAUGGCCCUUUAUAGGCCCACUUAGGGCUAGUCUAUG